AUGCGCCAUUUCGAGUUAAAAAUAAGCAAUCACCCUGUGUCGACCUUUGCUAACGCGGAGCAAAUAUGCGUGAGUCUGGACUACGUCCCCGAUCGUGGUCGAAUGCUGUGGUCUCGAUGGGUCCUCAUUCUUAUCUGCCUCACACAACUUCUCUCUGCAUUUGCUGUCAUUGGUUGUCACGCGGUGGAUUUUUCUGAGGACACAAAGUUGGAAGUUGGCGUAUCGCUUGGAAUAUUGGCAUUUGGUAACAUCUUCGACCCUUGGGAUCGCGGAGAUCGGGUGGGGGAAGCCACUGGAGUGGUGACCUCGGUUCUCUUCUACCGCCGUUGGAGGAGCGCGGAGACACGAACUCGAUCAAAGACGGGUGAGGCGAAUCACGAGGCGUGGAUUUGCACGCGAGCCGCCCUUUCCCUGAUUGGCAUGGCUCCGAUUGCACGGUAUGAGUAG